UCCAACCCUUGGGAAUCAAAAGACAGAAAUGGUAUCGUUCCAUUCCCUGUGAUUAAUAGACUCUCGAUCCUUGCUUCUGCAUUCUCUCGUUUUUCAGUCCUGUAGUUACCCUUUGAUCGCUCGCUAUUUGAUCUUUGUCAUCGCCAAGAAGCUGGUUUUUGUUCGAGAAUUUGAUCGACUUGGUAGGGUUUUUGGUUCGAUCUUUGCUAUGAAUACUCGAGGACGUUAUCCGCCGGGGAUUGGAGGCGGAGGCGGCCGCGGUGGCGGUAUGAACGCAAAUUAUAAUUUCCAACCGAGGAACUUCCAGCAGCAGUAUAUGCCGAGGAAUCCAGCGCAAAAUCAUCAACAGUUUCAGAGCCAGCAACAGCAGUGGCUGAGGAGGAACCAGUUGGGGGCUGAAUCGAGCAUCGAUGAAGUCGAGAAAACGGUACAGUCGGAAGCUGUCGAUUCGAGUUCACAAGAUUGGAAGGCGCAGUUAAAGGUCCCACCGCCUGACACUAGGUACAGGACUGAGGACGUGACAGCUACUAAAGGAAAUGAAUUUGAAGACUAUUUUCUAAAGCGCGAGCUACUGAUGGGAAUAUAUGAGAAAGGCUUUGAAAGGCCAUCUCCUAUCCAGGAGGAAAGCAUUCCAAUUGCUCUAACUGGAAGCGACAUUCUUGCUAGGGCUAAAAAUGGAACUGGAAAAACUGCUGCCUUUUGCAUUCCUGCCUUGGAAAAAAUUGAUCAAGAUAACCCUGUUAUUCAAGUGGUUAUACUUGUCCCAACAAGAGAAUUGGCUCUACAGACUUCCCAAGUCUGUAAGGAGCUUGGGAAGCACUUGAAGGUUCAGAUCAUGGUUAGUACUGGUGGCACUAGCUUAAAAGAUGAUAUAAUGCGCUUGUACCAACCAGUUCAUCUACUUGUUGGUACUCCUGGGAGAAUACUAGAUCUUGCCAAAAAAGGGGUGUGUGUUUUGAAAGAUUGUUCAAUGCUUGCAAUGGAUGAGGCUGAUAAACUGUUGUCUCCGGAGUUCCAACCUUCAGUGGAGCAGCUAAUUCAUUUUCUACCAGUAAAUCGCCAAAUACUGAUGUUUUCAGCUACCUUUCCAGUUACUGUUAAGGAUUUCAAAGACAGAUAUUUGCUGAAGCCCUAUGUUAUUAACCUUAUGGAUGAGCUUACCCUUAAGGGGAUAACACAGUUUUAUGCAUUUGUUGAAGAAAGACAGAAAGUCCACUGCCUAAACACUCUUUUCUCAAAGCUUCAAAUCAACCAAUCAAUCAUUUUCUGCAAUUCGGUUAAUCGGGUAGAACUGCUGGCCAAGAAAAUUACAGAGCUUGGUUAUUCCUGCUUCUAUAUUCAUGCAAAGAUGCUUCAAGAUCACCGCAACAGAGUAUUUCAUGAUUUUCGUAAUGGUGCAUGCAGGAAUCUUGUUUGUACAGAUUUGUUUACACGGGGGAUAGACAUUCAAGCAGUUAAUGUUGUGAUUAAUUUUGAUUUCCCCAAGAAUUCAGAGACUUAUUUGCACAGGGUUGGUCGAUCAGGAAGGUUUGGACACCUUGGAUUAGCAGUGAAUUUGAUCACUUAUGAGGACCGUUUCAACUUGUAUAGGAUUGAGCAAGAACUUGGAACGGAGAUAAAACAAAUUCCUCCGCAUAUUGAUCAGGCUAUUUACUGUCGGUGACUUGUUAGCUCUUUAUUUUGUGGGACGGGCACAGAAUCCGAGGGUGCAUUCUGCAGACAAAGUGGAUUCAUAGAAGCCAUUCUGUUGGUUGUGCGGACACAAAUUCCUUAGCGUUCUUUUUUUUUUUUCCUUUAGAUUUCUGGCUUUCUAGAAUCCCUAUAAGUUACAGGGAAUCCAGAGAAUUCUGAAGUGGUACAGAAAUCCCAGAUUGAUGCAGUUUUUUUACUUUUAUCGCCUUUGACUUAGUUAACCAUCCGAUCUGGUAAUAUUUGCAACUAGACUAGUUUCUCACUUUGCAUGUAUGCUUUGUGUUUGAAACCGGUACCUUCUUUACUUUCCUAGCUCUCUCUUUAUAACAAUGAAUUUCUGCUUGCAUAGUUUUGUAACUU